AUGACAGGACGUAUUCUUCCGAUUGCGCUGGCGGCGAUUGCGGGGGUUUCCAUUGGUGUUGCUACUUUUGAUGGGGAGUUCAAGGAACAAAGGAGGAAGAAGUUGGAAGAAGAAUACAAACAGGAAAUUGCCGCUACUUCUCCUAAAGAAGCCAUUACUGUAUCUUCGUUAAACAGUGCCGGUCCUUCACCUAUGGCUUCGAGCGCCGUGCCCGCACCCGCGCCCGAACAGCUAGCCGCAAGAAAAGAGGACGUUAGAGCAUCGGACACAUCUGCAUCCUCAUGGUCGUCACGACUUGGACUUUGGGCUUGGAACAAGGAUGCGAAAAUUGGACCUGCGCCGGCGAAGAACAACAUUGAAGAAGUGAAAGGAAAGCCAUGA